AUGUCAACAGGUAUAAUAGGGUCUGCGGCUGUGGCUGCAGUCCCUAUUACUUGUGACACGUUCAAAACCAAGUAUCACCCAAACAGCAAACACGUCCCAACCAUUAAGACCUUCUCUGCCUUUGAACACUCUGUCAAGGCAGAGGCUAGGUCCCCACCCAUCAUUGAUGAUGAACCAUGGCAACCUUUUAUGUGCCAUGCGGACUUUGAGUUUGCAGAACUUGCACACCAAGUGGCACUCAAUAAAGACCAAACUGACAAGAUGCUGCAGUUGAUAUGGCAGAUUGCUGAGGGUCACACAAAGUUUACAUUCAAAUCUCAUGCUGAAGUGUCAAAAGCCUAG